AAACCAAAGCCAGACUUGGAAGUUAUUGUGCAAUAGCUGCUACACAAUUCAAGUUUUUUCCACUUUUCCCUAGAACUCAUCGUUUGGUGUGGAGUAGGCAAACUUGUUCUUCUCACUUAGGAAAAGCUUGCGCUCAUAGAGUGUCCUCGACAAUAGUACCAGCAGCGACAAACAAACAGAACCAGAAGCCAAGUAAACAAUUGUUCUUUUGCAUAAUCGUGAAGAAAAAAGUGUGCCAGUUUGGUUUGAUUUGUGAAGUUUUUUGAAACGAAUUUUCAAAUUUUGGGAUUCGUGCCAAAUGUGAAAUAUUCAUGUCGGUAUGAUACACGGGUUACAUAUAGUGCACCAGAUAAAGAGAUAUGUGGAAUAUUGAUGAACUAUUCACACAGCUCGGAAUGAAGCAUGCCGACUGGAUGCAACAUACAUGCAUGAUUUAGUGGAAAAGAAGUGGAAUGUGCAAUUUAGAAAACAAAGGGGUAUAAAACAAUCAUUAGUCGUUUUUUGAACUUGUCACCUUUCAAUGAUUUUGCUGGUUAACAAGAUGUUGUGUUUGUCAACAAAGAAAUAAACAUAAGCAGUAGUACUACAUGCUAGUGAUACAUAAAUGCACAUUCUUGUUAUCGCAGGUGCAGGAACAAUUUGCAGUAUGACUUGACAUGAUGAACGGCUUUUUCAUCAACUAGAGAACGAUGCUCACAAUUGGCUUAUAGAAAAAUACUGAAGAAACUACAUUAUUCGCAUUCUUCGGUUUAAUCGCAGUGAUAAUCAUAACGAUAGCAAUAAUUACAAUUGUGGAAAUAAUAAUGAACAUGUGCAGAAUGUCGUACUGGACGCUUCGUCGGCCUCUAAUGGAACAUGUAAUUAUUAAUGCGUCAUAUUUGCUUAUUGUAUACGCAGUUGCUGUAGCUCCUCAACCACCCACAAUUGGCAUCGAUGUAGAAGAAGGAAACGUGAGAGCACAGGAGAGCAUUCACCAACCCAGCGACAGUAGCAACAUGCAUGUACAAUCGAUUUCUGACAUCGUUGGCGCCGGAAACAAACUAGACAAUAACCAGCAGCUACUAUCUUCUGUGCAUAGAAGUUUGAUUCUCGAGCGAAAAUUUUAUCUGAACAGCCACAAAGCUCUAUAUUCCGUAAAAUCUUAUUAUAAAAUUAGGAAUUCACCAGGCCAACAACAUGGACGUUUGCAUGAAAACUAUAGAUGGAAACGAAACUCAAGCAACUUUAGUACAAAUAGCAACUUCAUUAUUCUAAACUUGUCCAACAAAAACCUAAUUGAUGCAAAGCGAUUAGCAGAUGAACUAUCAAAAUACAGUCGCAGGCAAACCAGCUACCAAAUUAGUCACUACUAUAAUCUCAGUGAUAUUAAUGCAUUAGAUUUAUCCAGAAACAAUCUUGUGGAUGAACUAUCACAAAGCGUACAGAGUCAGUUUUCGGCACUGUCCUGGUUAGAUUUGUCGGAAAAUAAUCUGUCCACGGCAGAACGCCUAAACUUUCCGACAUUGAAAUAUUUGAAUCUUUCGAACAACCACAUUGAGAUAUUUUCCAGUUCUUCCAUACAGAAUUUAACUCGAGUGGAUUUAUCUCACAAUGCUAUCGCAACCAGUACGCAGCUUUCUCCCCUCAUUCUAAGGAAUCUAACCGACCUGGACCUCAGGUGCAAUCAACUAGAAUCACUAAACAAAAGAUUCUUCCUUCACACACGUUUGCUCCAUCGACUGGAUCUCUCCGGAAAUGCAAUUCAGCGGCUAAAUCGUUCUACUUUUUUUAACCUCGUCAACCUCGAACAGCUGAACCUAGCCGAAAAUCAUAUCAAAGUCAUUGAAAACGACACAUUCUCCUAUCUGGCAAAUUUACAGUUUUUGGACCUAUCCGGUAACGAAAUUGGACCUAGCUCAAUUCGUGCGCUGCAGGGCAUUCCGGCUUUGAUUGGACUGUCACUAGCCAACAAUAUUCGUCUCGGCUCGGUUAUGCACGAGUUUGUUGCAUCAUGGAGCCUAAAGGAACUUGACGCAAGCGGAACAAAUCUCUGUCAUAUUCCUACUGCACUAGCGCAAUCAGUGAAAUCGUUAAAAUUGGCCAAUAAUCUAUUGAGCGUCGUUCGAAGUGGUGAUUUAGAUAGCUACCCACUGCUUCAGCAACUUAUUCUUUCCGACAAUCUGAUAACGGAUGUAGAGGACGAUGCGCUCGGACGACUUGAGCUACUGGCAACACUCUUCCUGGACCGCAAUCGACUAGCACGAGUACCAGUUAGCCUUCCAUCGAACCUGAUUCAUUUAUAUUUACAAAGCAAUGAAAUUUACGAACUGCAACCGAGCGUGUUUAGAAAUCUUAAGAAUCUCCGAACUCUCAACUUGGCCAGAAACCGAAUCGCCUAUUUACCAGAACUUCCCCUACCAGGACUAACAAUGCUAAAUGUGCAACGCAAUGACCUGAAAAGGCUGAGUCAAUCGGUAGUGAAAACGUCACCGAACCUGAGGGAUUUUUUGUUAGAAAACAAUCCGAUGAAAUGUGGUGACCUGCUUGGCAUAGCUGAGUGGGCUAAACCGUGUCGCGAUGAAUUGCUUUUCGACGAUAGAGAUUUAUUUGACGGCGAUGACAGUGGGAAUGAAUUUGAUAUUUUUGGAAGAUUUACGAUCGGGCUCAAACGAGGCAAUAGCUGCGACCGAAAACGAAAUUCGACCCCAGCGAAAAUGGAGACAAAAAUAACUUGGUUUAAAUCAAAGUGCCAAAAUGAAAAUUUAAUCAACUUGAACACGCUAAAUCGGCUUAGAAGUGAUCAAACUACCGUGAGGCAUCCAUUACAGGAAGAUAAAAUCUUUUCAACGGAAAGUACUGCCACCGUCGGCAAAAUAGGCAAGAUAAAUGAUAAGUCUACUAAAAGCUCAAUGCAGAGUGUAAUUAAUAUACUGACAACUUUAAAGUCAAUACCUUCAAACGAGCAACGGAAGCCAGAGGAACCAAAAAAACAAAGACAAGACAAAGAGGAUGAGAGCAAUACUAAGACUGCAGUAAGUAUUAAAAACAACACAAAUGCAAAAGAAAAUAUCAGUUCGAAGACAUCAAUUACUCCAAAAGUAAUUACUAAACUACCAAAAAACGCAACUGAACCACUACAGGAAAAAAAACAUAAUUUACUUGAAGAUGCUAACAUACAUAAUAUUUUGAGUAAAGAAAUUUUCAGGAAAAGGACAGAAGAAUUCUCAAGAGCUGACUAUUUUAUGUUAAAAAAUAAUUCAAUCGCAAACAAAGCCGUUAACAUAACACCAAAGACACCAAUUGUAGACGUAGCUAAUUGGAGUAAACGUGACGAAGCAAGUGGCAGUGGCGAAGAAACUCCAACUUUUAGAAUGAAGGAAAAGGCCAACAGAAAUAGCUUAAUUCAAACUGAUUUGAUGACAUCACCAGAAGCUAGUUUCGGACCGAAGCAAACAACAAGUACGAGUGACAAAUUGGCAAAAAUAACAUGGAAAACGACGGCAAAAUCCACAUCGUCAUCGUUGGUGUCGCUUGCGUUGUCGACAUCUACGAUGAUGCCUUCAAUGACCUCGACUGCGAAAAAAUAUGAUAGUGAAGCAAAACGAGACUCGACCACGCCAUCAGUAUUAGAGCUAACUACGAUGCCAUUGUUGACGAUGUUGGCUAUGACCACAAAGACAACAAACCGGAUCCACGUUAGUUAUAACAGCUAUAGAAAUACUCAACGUGAGCACGAUGACACCGGCGAAGCAAAUGUUGGAGCUGGUGGCAAUUUGAAACGAAACAGUUAUCCUAACGGUGCAUCAUCCACCAAGCUGCCGUACGAGCUCAGUAAAACUAAAAGCAAAUUCAAUUCAGCGGUAAAACCAACUGAACCGCAGUCAAAUAUCACCAAAUCCGGCAAGAAUGUAAAUCAUAUGAAGAUGAAAUUAAAAUUUAACCACCAUCAGAUACAUGAUGGUGAGUUUCGUGACGAUUUUGACACGGACACUGUUGGUCUACUACGUGACAGCUUUCAAAAUGACCACGGAAACAAUGCACACCAGAUGAGAAAUAAAUUUUCCAUUUACGACAACAUAUAUCUGGCAUCGCUGAAAAACGCAAAAAUCAAACCCUUCCAUCAUGCUAUGCACGUACCGAAUACAUCAAGGGUGCAUCUCGGCACCGGUUACCUCAACCAUGGCAAUGAAGGAAUUCGUACCACGUCCGUGGAAGUGUCAUCGAAAAUUCUCCCACAAGAAUGGAAUGAUGCUCGGCCGAUGUCGAAUAGUGGUUCUCAUUACGGUCUAUUCAUUGUGGUUGGGGCCACUCUUGGUAUGCUAAUUUCGUUUGGUUUGUUCCAUCUCUAUUAUUGCCGUGUCCAGCAGGGUCAACAUCUGCACGAACAUCACCAUCACCAAUACCAACGAUAUCCAGCGCACCAUAAUCAUCAUUCCGCUCAUCAUCGCUAUUCAUAUGCAUUCGAACAGGACGACAGAGAAGAACAUUUAACAUACUCUAUCUCCACAUCGGUACUAGAUGAACCCAAUGAGUUAACAUCUGGUAACUCUCCAAUCCAUCAGCAACAGCAACAGCAACACCAAAAACAGGAUAUGCUGAAUAUGGACGUACUAAUUCCUCUUAAAUCAAAACUAUUGUCGAGGAAUCCGAGCAGCAGUAGCAGUAGUGUUAGUAGUUGUUUUGAUAUCGGCAAUAGUGGUGCAGACUCGAAUAUCGCUAGAGUUGAGAAUUGCGGAACUAGUAAUCAAGCAUCCCAGCUAGAAUGUCAAAGCGCAACCGAACGACAUCAUAAUACUUCCAAUAGUCAUAAUAAUUCACGAAACCAGUCUGUACGCCAGGACAGUGCCCUAGAUAGAUGGUGACGGCGAUGACAAAGACGGCAACUUCAUUAUUGUACAUUUACCGAUGCUUACAGUGUGUUCGAGUGAGAAAGAGCAUAUUUUGCAAUUAAUCAAUUUCGACUUGCGGUGUCGGGAAACAGUUAGGUAUCAUAAAAAAGCUUGACAGACACGAUUAUCCACAAUUGCCAACAUCGUUCUGGAUCGAGAGAAUGGACUUGAAGUCGUGUUCGAAUAAUAAAUAUCAAUAUGUUAUCGGAAAUUAAAGGUAAUUCAAUGGCUUAAAACGGUAAUUUUUUGUUGAGUGCAUUUUUUUUCAAUUCACGUCAAAUGUUGCGUUUUUUGCUUAAUAUCUCACAAGGGCCAUAUAGAUUUCUUGUAGCAGCAACUGCCUGAAUGAAUUCGCAACCUAUUAGAAUACUAAAAUAUACGAACAAAGUGCAAUGUUGUAAAAUGUUUAUAUCGUUUUAUGAACAGGAUUUCUUUUGUGUGCAUUCAGGAAGAAAAAGAUGCUUCAAAGGACUCGGAAUAAAUUUCUCAAAAAGAUUUUGAAUCCCCUACAUAGGAUUACUAUGGGGCCAUCCACAUACCACGUGGACACCUUUGGUGGGGGGGGGGGUUGGCUAAUGUCCACGGUCCAUACAAUUUUUUUAGAAUUUAUAUGGGCAGUUGUCCACGGAGCACUGUGGGGCAGAACCCAAAAAAGUCGCGACAAAACUCAAAAAAACGAAAUUCAGUUUUCAUGCCUCAUUUUAUUUUCUACUUCCAGUAGACAUGUUAUCGACUGGAAAUCAUGAUAAUUUACUUUGAAAAAUAAUUUAGGAAAUGUGCUACAAUAUUGUGAAAGUGAGGAUUUACAAGGCUCGUAAAAUGAAAGAAAAAACUUUCACAGAUAUUUUCCAGUAGGGCAUGCAAAUACUUAGAAAUUAAUUAGCUAACUCAUAUGAUCCUCAUAAAAUAGAGUAUAAACUGAAAGGUAAUGUGAAAUUAAGACAGUUUUGUUAAAAAUAGGUUCGAAGGAGGCAUAGUAUGUAAAACAAGUUUUUGUAAUUUUUCCUCAUUUUCGGCAAUAUGAAAAACAUAAAGUUCUGCGUUGUUCUGCUAUGACACGAUUAUUGUACUAAAAUACAACGUAUUGGCUAGUACUAAACAAAAAAAUCAGCUGCUACUAGUUGCGACUCACCGAGUAAUUCGAGUUUUCGCAACCAUUGUUGAUAUAAACAACUUUCCCGAAGAAACAAAAUGGCCAGCACCAUUUAUUCAGAAGAUAGAUGUCAGCGCCAUCUGUAGAAAAAAAAAGCUGCCUGAAUACACUUUUCAAAAAGAUGUUUUUAUGUUGAACAACAUUGCCGAAGACAUGAACACUGUGGAAACAACUGUUAUAGAGUUAUGUGGUUUUGUCGCGCCAACGGACCAAUUUGCCCCACUGUGCGGAUGGGGAAGGGGGGGCUCACAAUCGUUAAAAAUUUGUCAAGGUUGUUUGUGGAUGGCCCCUAUUGUAGAAACAUUAGAUGAUACGUCAAAUAAAAUUAUCAACAAAUCCGACAUAAAUCGUUGCA